AUGUCAUUCAAGCACGAUACCAAAUGUGCCGUUGGCAAGAUGGUAUCGACCGGUAGAUUGACAAGACCGACUCAUGCUAGCAAGGACCGGCUCAGCUACUUCGACCAGGGCUCAUUUCUUGCUAACAUUGCCGCUUGGGGAGUGAUAGGAAUUGCUGUUGGCUGCUCCAGAGCCGUAGUCGCGGGCGCAGUAGUGGUUGCCCUGGAUUCUUACGAGUUAAGAGACGUCUCUCAGGCUGUGAUGAGUAGUGAAGGGGGGAAACCUGGCUGUUGGUCCCGGAGGACUUUGGUGAAAUCAGAGGAGCUGUUCUUGGUCGUGAAUCUCGCGGUUGGUCUUGAGAACCGAGAGACUCAACGGGAAGCAGAGCCCAGUAUUUAUACCCUCAACAAAUUGACCCCCGCUUGCACCUUCUGCUCAUUAUUACGGAAAGUGUGA